AUUGCGUGCGCAAGAGGAAGCGAGCUUGAAGACGAGUAGCCUCCAUUGCUGGAACGUCCGCGGCAAAAAGGACAUCAUUAUACCGAAGAAAAGGCGCUACAACUUACGAAAGUCUCCAUGCUGGAAGGAGCUGGGAUAAAAUUAUCAAGCCGCACACAAACAUAAAAAGACAAAUCAAAUCAAAUACCAAGCAAUUUGCUUCGAGAAGACCAAGUAGGUUUUGGGACCUUGUCAUGUCGCGCAGACGAAGCCGUAGCGGGUCUCCUUCCCUUCAACGUUCAACCACCAGCAGUAAUGACCCACGGGACUUGGAGAGGAGGAUUUUUGUGGGAAAUUUGCCAACCACUCACAUGGAUCGGAAGGACUUGGAAGACAUGUUCACUUCUUAUGGCAAGAUAAAUGCCCUCUCCAUGUUCCACGGGUACGGAUUUGUUCAGUUUGAACGUGUGGAGGAUGCGGAGGCAGCUAAGGCGGGACAUAAGGGUCGAAUAUAUAAAGGUUAUAAAAUAGAUGUAAAUAUGGCUGCGGAGCGACGACAGAGUAAACCUCAAUCCCGGCUGAGCCCUUCACGCAGGCCUCCAUAUGGCGGUUAUGGGGAUGGCCGAGAGGCGCGCCCCCGUUCCCGGUCCCCUCUGCAUGGGCGCGAUUCACGGGAACACCGGGACGGGCACGAAAGCAGGGAACCUGGCCGAGAACCACGGCUGGGCGGAAACCCUCGCGACCACGAGCCCAGAGACCCCAGCUACGACCGGUACCGGGGCACCGAGAGCAGGGAGAAGGAUCCCAGAGCAGACCCCUCAUACAGAGAGGAGGGAUAUGAUCGAUAUUACCGCAGUGGUGCCCCGGACGAUUACUACCGCAAGAAGGAAGAGCCUUACAGAGACCCAUACCGAGACCCAUGGAAUGGCCGCAGAGAACAGGAAGAGGACCGUGGGAGGGUAGAGGAGCGCCGCCGUAACGAGCUCUACCGCCAGUACUACGAAGAGCUGCAGCGGAGAUACGACACGGAGCGCCCGGUCGACUGCUCCGUCAUCGUCGUCAACAAGGCUCAGAAUCCAUGCUGUAGGGAGUAUGCGGAGACAGUGGGCCGGAAGGUGCGAGACCUGGGCAUGGUGGUGGAUCUGAUCUUCCUCAACACCGAGGUGUCCCUCACACAAGCCCUGGAGGACGUUGGCCGCGCCCGCACGCCCUUUGCCAUCAUCAUCACCCAGCAGCACCAGGUCCAUCGCUCCUGCACCGUCAACAUCCUGUUUGGAACGCCGCAAGAGCAUCGUAACAUGCCCAUGGAGGAUGCCAUGGUCCUGGUAGCCCACAACUACGAUGCGUAUAAGGUGGAGAACCGCGAUAAGGAGCGGGAGGAGAUUGCCAGGAAGGCAGCCAAGAUGGCCGACGAGGUUCUGGUCAGGGAACCUGACAGAGAGAGUCACCCCGUCACCCUGCUGCCGACCAUCACUCUGCUAUCUGAGAGCAGGUUUGUGACCCCAGAGGAGCUGGACAGUCUGAUUAAUUACCUGAGGGACAAGAGGGAGCGCUUGGUUCGAGGUAGGGCCGACCCACAUGCAGCUACUGGCCUUCCUCCCUCAGUACCAUCCCAUCACGAAGUCUCCCCAGCCCAGCCCAUGCCCCCCUCAGCCCACUCGGUCCAUGCACCUUCACACAGCACUCACCCGGGCCACAUGGGUCUUCCCCCUUCCUCCAACCCCCCGCCCAACCCCAACCACCAGCAGGAGUUACAGGCUAAGAUCCUCAGCCUGUUCAACAGCGGUGUGGGGCCUCCAACCUCCUCCCCAAGCCCCUCCAUGGCUCCCCAGGCUCAGUCCUAUGCCUCCAUGGGCGUCCAGCAGUCUCUCCCUCCCUCGUCCCUCCCCACUCCUUCACAGCCCCCCAUGGGUGCACGCCCCCCAAUGCGACCAGGUGGGCCCCCCCCAAGCGGCCUCCCUCAGGGGUACGGAACCCCUCCUGGUCGCAUGCCACCCCACCAAGGGGGACAGAGGCCUUCCGGGGGCUUGUCUUCGGGGGCAGGAAUCAACUUCGACAACCCCAGCGUGCAGAAAGCUCUGGACACACUCAUCCAGAGUGGCCCUGCUCUUAAUCACCUGGUCAACCCUGGAAACUCGGCCCCACCCAGACAAGGAAUGCCUGGCAUGGGUCCGGGCAUGGGUCCUGGCAUGGGACAGCCCCCGUCCGUGAACAUGUACCCCCGCCAUUACUAAUGUUAUCCGCAUCUUUCCUGAUCCCUAAUGUAGUGGCCCCCACGACCUGGGCCCCUCAGUCUACCAAUCAUCUUUUGUUCAAAAAAAUUCCUCAGUUAGUGAUGUCGAUGGUUUUCUUAGAAGUAAUUAUUUUUAGUUUUACGUUUGUAAAUUGCUUUUUAAUUAUCAAUGAAUGUGUUCAAAUUUUUUUUUUUACUCUAGCUAUUGUGAUAGAUGGUUAUUUGUUGACUAUUUGAAACUUUCCAAUAUUUCGAAAUGAAUGCCACUUGGUCUGGUGGCUGAGAGGGUGUGUAAUUCAUUGCUGCAUUACUUGUAGGGAGAAGUAGUAAUGAGCCCCUUGCCCUGCACUUUUUGUUUUUGUGGCUUAGUUCUGACUUUUAUACACCUGUGUGACUGUGAAUACUUGCAGUGCUCAUGAAAUAAACAUUUCUUGUGUUUCGGAA